GAACAUAGGUAGUGGAAGAGACAAAAUUCAAAUAAUAAAGCGAAGCAACGGUAGGUAGUGGAAGAGACAAUUGUUGAAGAAUGAGCAUAGUUGUUGAAGUUGUGGUGGCUCUUGGAGCAGUUUUUGUUGUAUUCAUCCAUUUUCUGCAUGUUUUGGUUUUGAGACCAAAAUCACUUAGAGCAAAGCUUCAUAGGCAAGGGAUUCAUGGUCCUUCUCCUCACUUCUACUCCGGUAACAUCCCUCAAAUCAAGAACCUUUUACUCCAACAGCAACAACAACAAGAUGAACAUGUUCCUGUUUCUGUUUCUAUAUCUCAUAGCUGGACUUCAAAUCUGUUCCCUCAUAUUCACAAGUGGAGAAAUCAAUAUGGUCCAAUAUAUUUGUUUUCUUCUGGGAGUAUACAAUGGUUAAUGGUGGCAGAAAUGGUAAUGGUGAAGGAAAUCCUCCUAAACACCUCUUUAAAUCUAGGGAAGCCUUCUUAUCUUUCAAAAGAUAUGGGACCACUCCUAGGCCAAGGUAUAUUAUCAUCGAGUGGGCCGACUUGGGCUCAUCAGAGGAAGAUAAUCGCGCCGGAACUGUAUCUAGAUAAGGUGAAGGCUAUGGUUGAUCAAAUAGUUGAUUCAACAAACAUAAUGCUGAGAUCUUGGGAGAGUAGAAUAGAACGAGACGGAGUAGUUUCAGAGAUUAAAAUUGACGAAGAUCUGCGAAGCUUGUCGGCUGACAUAAUUUCUAGAGCUUGUUUUGGGAGCAAUUAUGCACCAGGAAAGGAAAUAUUCACAAAGCUUAGAGAUCUUCAAAAACUCCUCUCUAAGAUAUCUGUUGGAGUUCCGGGCCUUAGAUAUUUUCCAAACAAGAGAAAUAGACAGAUAUGGAGAUUAGAGAAAGAGAUCAACUCUAAUAUAUCAAAGCUCGUAAUACAACGCCAAGACGAAGGUCAUGAGCAAGAUCUCUUGCAAACGAUACUCGAGGGUGCAAAGAAUUGUGACGGCCUUUUAUCAAAUUCAAUCUCGCGAGACAGGUUCAUUAUAGAUAACUGCAAAAAUAUAUUCUUCGCUGGACAUGAAACUACUGCGAUUACUGCAUCGUGGUGCUUAAUGUUAUUAGCUGCGUACCAAGAUUGGCAAGACCGUGCUCGUGCAGAGGUGCUUGAAGUUUGCGGAAAUGGUAAUCUAGAUGCAAGUAUGCUUAGAAGCAUGAAAACGUUAACGACGGUGAUUCAAGAGACUUUAAGGCUUUAUCCACCAGCAGCUUUUGUUGUCAGAACAGCUUUCCAAGAUAUUAACAUAAACGGUAUCAAAGUUCCAAAAGGCAUGAACAUUCAGAUUCCAAUCUCAAUAUUGCAGCAAGAUAUUGAUCUUUGGGGUCCUGAUGCCUACAAGUUCAACCCCGACAGAUUUGCGAAUGGCGUGCUUGGAGCCUGCAAGAUUCCACAGGCUUAUAUGCCGUUCGGAAUCGGUGCCCGUGUUUGCGCUGGACAGCAUUUUGCUAUGAUAGAAUUGAAGGUGGUUUUGUCUCUUAUCCUGUCGAAUUUUCGGUUCUCUCUUUCGUCAAGUUACUGUCAUUCGCCAGCGUUUCGUUUGGUUAUAGAACCUGGUCAGGGAGUUGUUCUCAACAUGACAAGAAUUUAAGCAACAAUGACACUAAAAUGCUUCACCCCAUGUUCUAUGGGAAUGUUUGUAUAGUAAUAAGACAAACAGUGGAGAAUAAUUGUUUUUAUCAUAUUGAUUAUGCUCCUCACUCAGCAGCCUUUUUUUUUUUAAUUAUGAUGAGAGCAAUUUUUGUGA